UGUUGUCUGGUCCACAAAUAGUUAAUUGUAACGAGAUGGUGAUACCACAGAAUAUUAUAGAAGGAGAAAAAGAGGCAAACGAGCAUGUGGUAUUCGCUUUCUUGAAAGAUGCAAGAGACACGGAAUGUAACAAGCUUACUGACACAAUGAAUCUGUGUGAAGGUAAAAAUGAAACAACAAACGCAGAGUUAAAUCUAGCAAAAAUAAAAGCUGCUGAGGCUGAGGUACUAUCGCUGGUUAAUUCUGCCAAUAAUGAUGAGUGUAACAUGCUGCGUACCAUUGGAAGCAGAAAUACAUAUAAAGAGUCCUUAGAAGCACCGGAAUUCGUAUCAUCCAAGGAAAUGACAGACGAUGAGGAAUAUGCUGCUUUUUACAAAUCCAUCAGAGAUGCUGAAUACAAUAAAUUUGUUGAAGCAUACUACAGAGAAAAAAUAAUCAAAGAAGAAAAGGAGAGACGUAGGAUAACAAGAGAACAAGAAAAGAUAAAGAAACAAUUUGAAGAAAUCUGGAAACCAGCCACUGAACUUGAUGCUCUGCGGCAUGCUUUUCAUGAGAAGCCAAGUGCCAGUAACGAGAAGACUUGCACUUCACAAGAACUGCAUCUUAAAGAAGUACGAGAAGAGAAAGAACUGCCAGGACCCUUCCUUUCACCGGUGAAAGAAGAAAGAAUAAAAUCAUUUGUGAGAGACCAGCAUUACAAUUAUCAAAGCUUCCAAAGCACAGACAUUAAGAAUUCAGAGACCGACAGAGAACUGGACAGAGCUGUAAUUAGUGAAACUGUAACCAGUAAGAGGGGAUCUCUUCAACAGAUAGUCAAAAAAGUAUUUAAGAGAAGCAAGUCUCCAACAAAAGAUAUCAAUGAUAAACAGCUUGCGUUAAAGGAAGAACUAAAGUUAGAUUUGUCUACAUUAGAUGACAAAAUAGAGGAUCAAGAUAUACCAGACACAACAAGGACAUCAGACAGUGAAUGGUUCAGUAUAAGUUUAAGUGACACAGAAGAAUCUCCAAGACCACACUUACGGCCAUUCUUUUCACCAGUAGUGGAAGAAAUACGUAGUUCACCGAUUACUAGUAAAACAAAAGAAUCUGCAAUAGAUAUAGAAGUUGACUUUCAAUCCAAACCUAACAGUGGAUUCAUGGGCUUUCGACAGUGGUUCUGUCAACUAUUUUGUUGUCAUAGCAAACCCAAUGAAGAUGUUGACAAUUGA